CUUUGGCCUGGACGCAGCCUCCCAGGGUUAAAAAUAUUGCCCGGGGGCCGCUAAGCGGAAUCAGAUCGUGCUAAGUAGAGCACGCAGAGGAAACAGAGCUCCUUGGCCCCGGGGCCCUUGUAGCCAGCUCCGGAGCACGGUCCCGCUCACACUGGGCCCAGCAGCAUCCUCCCUCCCCAGAAGGUGCACGAGGAAGCCAGCAUGAAGCUGAAAAAGCAGGUGACAGUGUGCGGCGCCGCUAUUUUCUGCGUGGGGGUCUUCUCGCUCUACCUCAUGCUGGACCGGGUGCAGCACGACCCCACCCGACACCAGAGCGGUGGGAACUUCCCCCGGAGCCAAAUUUCUGUGCUGCAGAACCGCAUCGAGCAGCUGGAGCAGCUGUUGGAGGAGAACCAUGAGAUCAUCAGCCACAUCAAGGACUCCGUGCUGGAGCUGACGGCCAACGUGGAGGGCCCGCCCGCCCUGCUGCCCUACUACACGGCCAAUGGCUCCUGGGUGGUGCCGCCGGAGCCCCGGCCCAGCUUCUUUUCCGUCUCCCCCCAAGACUGCCAGUUUGCUUUGGGGGGCCGGGGCCAGAAGCCAGAGCUACAGGUGCUGGCCGUGUCAGAGUGGCUGCCGUUUGACAAUGCGGAGGGCGGCGUGUGGAGGCAAGGCUUCGACAUCACCUACAGCCCGAACGACUGGGAUGCCGAAGACCUGCAGGUGUUUGUGGUGCCUCACUCUCACAAUGACCCAGGCUGGAUCAAGACCUUCGACAAAUAUUACACGGAGCAGACGCAGCACAUCCUCAACAGCAUGGUGUCCAAGUUGCAGGAGGACUCCCGGCGGCGCUUCCUCUGGGCAGAAGUCUCCUUCUUCGCCAAGUGGUGGGACAACAUCAAUGCCCAGAAGAAGGCGGCAGUGCGAAGGCUGGUGGGAAAUGGGCAGCUGGAGAUCGCGACAGGAGGCUGGGUCAUGCCCGACGAGGCCAACUCUCACUACUUUGCGCUGAUUGACCAGCUCAUCGAGGGACAUCAGUGGCUAGAGAGAAACCUGGGUGUGACCCCACGCUCGGGCUGGGCAGUGGACCCCUUUGGAUACAGCUCCACCAUGCCUUACCUGCUGCGCCGUGCCAACCUGACCAGCAUGCUGAUUCAGAGGGUGCAUUACGCCAUCAAGAAGUACUUUGCUGCCACCCGCAGCCUGGAGUUCAUGUGGAGGCAGACAUGGGACUCAGACGCCAGCACGGACAUCUUCUGCCACAUGAUGCCCUUCUACAGCUAUGACAUCCCCCACACCUGCGGCCCGGACCCCAAGAUCUGCUGCCAGUUCGAUUUCAAACGCCUGCCCGGGGGACGUAUCAACUGCCCGUGGAAGGUGCCGCCCCGGGCCAUCACAGAGUCUAACGUGGCAGAGAGGGCAGCCCUCCUCCUAGACCAGUACCGCAAGAAGUCCCAGCUAUUCCGAAGCAACGUGCUCCUGGUGCCGCUUGGUGACGACUUCCGCUAUGAUAAGCCCCAGGAGUGGGAUGCCCAGUUCUUCAACUACCAGCGGCUCUUUGACUUCCUCAACAGCAAGCCCGACCUCCACGUGCAGGUCCAGUUUGGCACACUCUCCGACUACUUUGACGCUCUGUACAAGAGGACAGGAGUGGAGCCUGGUGUUCGGCCCCCCGGGUUUCCCGUGCUGACCGGGGAUUUCUUCUCCUAUGCUGACCGCGAGGAUCACUACUGGACAGGCUAUUACACUUCCCGGCCUUUCUACAAGAGCUUGGACCGUGUGUUGGAAGCCCACCUGCGGGGGGCAGAGAUUCUGUACAGCCUGGCAGUGGCUCACGCCCGUCGCUCUGGACUGGCCCCCCAGUACCCGCUCUCGGACUUCGCCCUUCUUACUGAAGCACGGCGCACACUGGGGCUCUUCCAGCAUCACGACGCCAUCACGGGCACCGCCAAGGAGGCUGUUGUGGUCGACUACGGGGUCAGGCUGCUGCGCUCCCUCGUCAGCCUGAAGCAGGUCAUCAUUAAUGCAGCUCACUACUUGAUGCUGGGGGACAAGGAGACCUACCACUUUGACCCGGAGGCCCCCUUUCUGCAAAUGGACGAGACCCGCUUAAGUCAAGAUGCCCUACCUGAACGCACAGUGAUCCAGCUGGACUCUGCACCCAGGUUUGUGGUGCUCUUCAACCCGCUGGAACAGGAGCGCUUCAGCGUGGUAUCCCUGCUGGUCAACUCACCCCGCGUGCGCGUUUUUUCAGAGGAGGGUCAGCCCCUGGCUGUGCAGAUCAGUGCACACUGGAGCUCCGCCACCAGCUUGGUCCCAGAUGUCUACCAGGUGUCGGUGCCCAUCCACCUGCCAGCCCUGGGCCUGGGCGUGCUGCAGCUGCAGCUGGGCCUGGACGGACACCGCACACUGCCCUCCUCCGUGCGUGUCUACCUGCAUGGCCGGCAGCUCCCCGUCAGCAGGCAUGAGGCAUUCCCAGUCCGAGUCAUCGAUUCAGACAGCAGUGACUUCGCCCUCAGGAACCGCUACAUGCAGGUCUGGUUCUCAGGCCUUACUGGGCUCCUCAAGAGCAUCCGGAGGGUGGACGAGGAGCAGGAGCAGCAGGCUGACAUGGAGUUCCUCGUCUACGGCACUCGCGCGUCCAAAGACAAGAGUGGAGCCUACCUCUUCCUGCCUGAUGGCGAGGCCAAGCCCUAUGUCCCCAAGGAGCCCCCGGUGCUGCGCGUCACGGAAGGCCCUUUCUUCUCAGAGGUGGUUGCAUACUACGAGCAUGUUCACCAGGUGGUCCGGCUUUAUAACCUGCCAGGAGUGGAGGGGCUGUCCCUGGACAUGUCCUCCCUGGUGGACAUCCGAGACUACAUCAACAAAGAACUGGCCCUGCGCAUCCGUACGGACAUCGACAGCCAGGGCACCUUCUUCACAGACCUCAACGGCUUCCAGGUGCAACCGCGGCGGUAUCUCAAGAAAUUGCCCCUGCAAGCCAACUUCUACCCCAUGCCAACCAUGGCCUACAUCCAGGAUGGGCAGAAACGCCUCACGCUACACACUGCCCAGGCCCUGGGCGUCUCUAGCCUUGGCAAUGGCCAGCUGGAGGUGAUCUUGGACCGGCGACUCAUGCAAGAUGACAACCGCGGCCUCGGCCAGGGGCUCAAGGACAACAAGAAGACCUGCAGCCGUGUGCGCCUCCUGCUGGAACGGCGGACCUCAGGCAGCGAGCCUGGCUUUUUCUCCAAAAUGGCAGCCAUGUUUAGGGGCUCGAUCUUCCUCAGCAGCAGCCAGAGUGACCAAGAGGUCCAAGACAGCCGUGCUCCCAGCUACCCAUCCCUCCUCAGCCACCUGACCUCCAUGUACCUGAACACCCCAGUGCUUGCCCUGCCUGUGGCCAACAGGCAGCCACCAGGCCCUGUUCUCCGCUCCUUCCAUCCUCUGGCCUCCCCUCUGCCCUGCGACUUCCAGAGGAUACCCUGCCUUCGGCAGAGACCGCGCUCAUCCUGCACCGCAAGGGUUUUGACUGCGGCCUGGAGGCCAAGAACCUGGGCUUCAACUGCACCACAAGCCAAGGCAAGGUUGCCCUGGGGAGCCUCUUCCACGGCCUGGACGUGGCCUUCCUGCAGCCGAGCUCCUUGACCUUGCUGUACCCUCUGGCCGCGCCUUCCAACAGCACUGACAUCUAUGUGGAGCCCAUGGAGAUUGCCACCUUCCGCCUCCGCUUGGGUUAGGGCUUCUGCUGGCCUAGAGAGGAUGUCCGUCACCGAGACUGCCCCUCAGCAUCCAGACCGGUGUGACAGGCGCACUGGGGACCCUGUCUUCAUCUGCCUGUCAGAACUGUGACCGACUGGGCUCGGCCCUCAUUUUCUGUUGCUUGUUGCUUCUGUUUUCUGGGGCAACCCACAGCCCAGUGGUGGGGAGACAGGGCAGAUGCUGGUGCGAUCAGGGAGAGGAGCCCUGGUCGGAGGGUGCAGUGCCAGCGUGGCCUUAGCUUGUGAGUGGCCGCCCAGCUGGGCGUGGGCUCAGGUACCUGUCCUUUUCCCGUAAAGGGAUGUAGGAGAAGCAGGGCAGACAGGCAAGGAGGCUAAGCUUUAGGGUCCCUGGAAGCAAGCUGGGUUUAAGGAGUCCUGGGGUGACUACAAAACUAGGAGAAUACAAAGACAAUUCUGUCUGAGGAGAGGGCUGGGGACCCAGAGCUGGCAGGGUGAGUGGAGCAGAAGGAAUCCCGGUAUCGCCGAAGAGCCCACAGGCCUUGCUGCUUUCUGUGCCAGCUGCUCACCUGCACGUCCUGGCUCGGGCUGCAGAGUGGCAGGAAGGACUCGGUAGAGACUGUCCCAGCCAGAGGUCAGAGGAUUUGGUACUCCAGGUACCCAAACCCUGAUCUUGAACUGGGCCCCUGGUCCGUGUGUUGAUUUGUGGGAUGGCAGUGGGAGUAUAGGGGGGUCCUUCACCCUCCUCAGCUCCUCUGUGGUCCCUGUACCGUGUAUGCCACUGUCCUAAGAGCGCCUUUCUGUCACGUGGGGUUUGGUCCUGGCUUAUUUCCUUUCCUGCAAAGAAAGUGAGGUCUCUAGGACCCAAGAGCAUGGGUAGCUUGUGAAGGCUCCCAGUACAUGCAGCCAGGCUCACAGCCCCGCCCGUGGUCACUCCUGCAGAAGCGGUCGAUCCCUGGCCCUGAGGACACGGGGUGUGCAGACUGGAGACAGCAGGGUGGCUGCUUGUAAGCCUUCCUUUCAGCUUCAAUUAAGAGGGAAAAUUUUAAUGAUAGUCUCUAUAGAUGCUGAAAAAAAAAUCUCUGGUAAAAUUUCAAAUCUACCCCUUUAUUAAAACUCUUAGUAAAUUAAGACUAAAAAGAAACAUCUUAUUCUAAAUAAAGUUCUCUGAGAAACCACCACUUAA